GGCUUCGGACUUGAAACCGUUUCAGUGAAACUGCUAGCUACUUGGUCAUGCAGAACUUUUUCUCUUUCUUUAAAUUGUCGGUGAGGUUCUGUUCCGUGCGGUUCCAUUUGUUGCUAUUUUUAGAAUUAGAAACAUUUAAUUCAUUCCAUAACAUUACGGAAUAAUUUUCCCAAUAUUAACUCGGGUGCUCCUAAUCUGCGCCGCUCUAGACCAUUGCUGAUUUCAAUUAAUUUGGAUCUAAUUUGAGCGAUAAAGACGGUUAGCAAUAAUAAACAAUCAUUACGAAAGAUCACUUUUAUCUUUCUUUUUAAAUUUUAUAUUUUGGAGAAUAAAAAAUGAAAAAACCCCACUGACUUGCUUUAGUCUCAAGUUUGAGCAGUGAGUAGUGGAGAGAAAAGAAUAUAUGUGUGGCUUUUUGUUGAUAGUUUUGGUACACGGUUAUAGCAUGCGCGCACCUGCACAUUAGACAAGUGCGGUGGUUAGAUCUCUGAAAUCGCCGUUACAUAAAUAGCACUGCCACUCAAGCAGAAGCAGUACCAGUACCAUGCUGCUUCAAUGCAUUUCACCAAUUUAGUAAUUUCGCUCGAUCCCGAACCAAUACCUUGCUUCAAUUUAAUCAACUUUUUCCACCGACAAUUACAUUUAACCUACUCUCCACGCUAAAAUCCAUUGCCAUUAUCAUUUCUAAGUUGCAUCCCAAGUUUGCAAUGGAUCGACGCUGGCCUUGGAAGAAAAAAUCAUCUGAAAAGUCCGUGAUUGAGAAAGCAACUACUGCAUUGGAUUCCUCCGAUGCUUCUAACAACCAGGAUAACAAGAAGAAACCAAACUAUGUUCAAAUUUCUGUGGAAUCCUAUUCACAUCUGUCUGGUUUGGAAGAUCAAGUGAAGACAUAUGAGGAAAAAGUUCAGACACUGGAAGAUGAGAUAAAGGAAAUGAAUGAAAAGCUGUCCGCAGCAAACUCUGAGAUCAAUACCAAGGAAAGCAUGGUAAAGCAACAUGCUAAAGUGGCUGAAGAAGCUGUAUCAGGCUGGGAAAAGGCUGAAGCUGAAGCUUUGGCAUUGAAGAACCAUCUAGAAUCUGUCACCCUUUUAAAACUCACUGCUGAGGAUCGCGCAACGCAUUUAGAUGGUGCUCUUAAAGAGUGUAUGCGACAAAUAAGAAACCUUAAGGAAGAACAUGAGCAGAAAAUACAGGAAGUUGCUCUCUCAAAAACCAAGCAAUUAGACAAGAUUAAGGGGGAGCUGGAGGCAAAGAUAGUGAACUUCGAACAGGAACUUCUUAGAUCUGCUGCUGAAAAUGGGGCCCUGUCAAGGUCAUUGCAGGAAUGCUCAAACAUGCUAAUCAAAUUAAGUGAAGAAAAGGCUCAUGCCGAGGCUGAAAUUGAGCUUCUUAAGGGAAACAUAGAAGCAUGUGAAAAGGAAAUUAAUUCACUUAAAUAUGAACUUCAUGUUGUUUCCAAAGAGCUUGAAAUUCGCAAUGAAGAAAAAAACAUGAGUAUGAGGUCUGCAGAAGCUGCUAACAAGCAGCAUAUGGAGGGUGUGAAAAAAAUUGCCAAGUUAGAGGCCGAGUGCCAAAGAUUACGUGGUCUUGUGAGGAAAAAGUUACCUGGUCCUGCUGCACUUGCACAGAUGAAGCUAGAAGUUGAAAGCCUUGGCCGAGAUUUUGGAGAAAGUCGAUUAAGGAAGUCUCCUGUGAAGCCUGCUACCCCUAAUUUGUCUCCAUUACCUGAUUUCUCCUUGGAGAAUGUACAGAAAUUCCAGAAGGACAAUGAAUUUCUUACAGAGCGUUUAUUGGCAAUGGAAGAAGAAACAAAGAUGCUGAAAGAAGCUUUGGCUAAGCGUAACAGUGAGUUGCAGGCCUCAAGGAGUAUGUGUGCUAAAACACUGAGCAAACUUCAAAGUUUGGAAGCACAAUCUCAGACAAGUAACCAGCUGAAAUUAUCUCCAAAAUCCAUCGUCCAGUUAACUCAUGAAAGCAUUUAUAAUCAAAAUGCAAGCAGUGCACCAAGCUUGGUCUCCAUGUCUGAAGAUGGAAAUGACGAUGCAGCAAGUUGUGCUGAAUCUUGGUCGACAGCAAUAGUCUCUGGGCUAUCCCAAUUUCCUAGAGAAAAGUGCAAUGAGGAAUCAAACAAAUCUGAAGUCACUAACAAGUUGGAACUAAUGGAUGACUUUCUGGAGGUGGAGAAGUUGGCUCGUUUGUCAAAUGAUUCCAAUGUAGAUGCCACUGUUUCAAACAAUAAGACAACAGACAUUGUGACCGGUGAUGUAUCAGAAGUCUGUACUGGCAAAGAAGGUCUGUCUGAAAAAAAUGGCAAUUCAGAUCCGCUGCCAAAUCAAGUGUCUUCUGAUCCUUUGAUGUCAGCACCUGAUUUUCAAUCUGAUCUUAGUGGCUUAUUAUUAACAGAACUUAGAUCAAGAAUAUUACUGGUUUUUGAGUCCUUAGCUAAGGAUGCUGACAUAGGGAAGAUUGUGGAGGAUAUUAAACAUGUGCUUGAAGAUUCGCAUGACACUACCAUCCACCACUCUGUGGAUGCCCAUCCUUCUGACGCUACAUGUGAUAGGAAGGAUAAUCCUGAAGAUGCUGGCUUAAACCUUGAAAAGGAAGUCAUUUCAUCCCAGCAACCCAAAGGAUAUGUGCAGAUAACUUCAGAUUUGGAAGCUGCAAUUUCUCAGAUUCAUGACUUUGUAUUGUUCCUUGGCAAGGAAGCAAUGACAUUCCAUGACGAUGUAUCUUCUGAUGGAAAUGAAAUGAGGCAAAAGAUUGAGGAGUUCUCCAUCACCUUUAAUAAAGUAUUAUGCAACAAUGCAAGUUUGCUACAGUUUGUUCUUGACCUGUCCUAUGUUCUAGAUAAAGCAAGUGAGUUCAGAUUUAAUGUCCUUGGCUACAGGGGCACAGAAGCUGAAAGUAGCAGUCCAGAUUGCAUAGAUAAGAUUGCUUUGCCUGAAAAUAAGUUAGUACAUGACAAUUCAUCUGGAGAAAGAUAUCAAAAUGGUUGUUCCCAUAUUAUCAAUCCAUGUUCUAAUCCCGAGGUUCCCGAUGAUGGAAAUUUGGUCUCAGGCUAUAAAGCAGAUGCUGCAUCACAGAAACUGUCAAUAGAGGAGUUUGAAGAAUUGAAACUAGAGAAAGAGAAAGUAGUGAUUGAUUUGUCAAAUUGUACAGAAAAUCUUGAAAUGACAAAGUCUCAAUUGCUAGACACGGAGCAACUUCUGGCUGAAGUUAAAUCACAAUUGGCUUCUGCUCUAAAAUCAAAAAGCUUGGCUGAGACACAGCUAAAGUGUGUGGCAGAAUCAUACAACUCACUUGAAACACGUGCCCAGGUCUUGGAAACUGAGCUGAACCAUCUGCAAAUCAAGAUAGAAUCUCUGGAGAAUGAACUUCAAGAUGAAAAGAGGGCUCAUGAAGUUGCUAUGGCCAGGAGCAAGGAGCUAGAAGAGCAGUUACAAAGGAUUGAGUGCUCGGCAGCUGAUGAUGACCACAAGACUUCGCAUGAGAGAGAUUUGACAGCUGCUGCUGAAAAGCUAGCCGAGUGUCAAGAAACCAUACUUCUUCUGGGCAAGCAGUUAAAUUCUCUACGUCCACAAACUGAGCCAAAUGACUCAUUGUACAGUAAGAUAAAUCCAAAAGAUGAAGGAUUCACAGAAGAUGAACAUACUACUAAUCAAAAUUUUCAAGAAUUAGGUCAGUUGGAGAUGGACAGUUCUACUUCUGCUUUUGUGCAAAGAUUGAGUUCGGAGUCCCCCUUGCAUUUUUCCAACAGUUUAUUUAGCCCUUCGGACAGCGAGUCCACCAUUCCAGCCAGAUCCCCAGUUCAGCAUUCUAAAUCAAAACCAAAACACCGACCUACCAAGUCAGCCUCUUGUUCAGUUUCUUCUGCCACUACACCUGAGAAACAUGCACGGGGAUUUAGUAGAUUCUUUUCACCUAAAGGAAAAUCCGGUCAUUGAGCUUUGCACAGGUUCUAUUAGAAUUCAUAAACCGUAAGCCACAUGGUGAUGACAUAUGGAAAGCACCAAAGUCCAAACCCUUCAUGUUUGACAGAAUUGAGUUUUUAAGGAGGUUUGUGUAAUUAAGGAGGGGAUACCAUGAGUGCCAUGUGAUUUUUGUAUGUAUUGGUUGUACCAUAUGUUUUCUUCUUUUACUUUUCAUUGUUUUGCCCCCUCUGUUCUGUAAUUUAAUUAGCAAAGGACAAACGUUGACAUAGUAUCUGAACUUUUACAGGAUAUAUCGAAUAUGUUGAAUUUCACAAAUUUAUACAUGCCUUAAUUUUUUC